CUGGAACGGUGCCUUCAUCGAGAGCUCAUAACGAUGACUGAAUUGUAAAUCAGCCAUGAAGAGCACACAUCAAUAAAGCCUGCAGGCGACAACACGGCGACGCGCGUCAUCCGCCAUGGAGCCGUGGAACACGACCACGGGGCCCUUCCCCGCCCGGUCCAACUGCACCCUGGACACCAGCUACCGCUUCACCUUCUACCAGGUCUCCUACGGCGCCAUCUUCCUCGUGGGCCUGGCCACCAACGGCCUCGCGCUCCACCGGCUCUGGCGCUCCCCGCGCGCCCUCAACAGCACCGCGGUCUACAUGGCCAGCCUCUCCGUGGCCGACGCGUGCUUCGUGGCCUCCCUGCCGCUGAGGAUCUACUUCUACCACCGGCGGGGACGGGCCUUCUCCGCCGCGCCGGCCGACCGCGCCGCGUGGCCCCCCGGCGGCGCCUUCUGCCAUCUCACCUUCGCCGUCAAGUAUGUCAGCCUCUACGGCGGUGUCUUCUUCCUGGCGUGCAUCGCCCUGGACCGCUACCUGGCCGUGGUGCACCCGGCGCGGUCGGCGCUCCGCCGGCUGCGCUUUGCCCGGCGGCUGAGUGCCGCCGUCUGGUGCGUGGUGCUGGGGCUCAGCGCGGGCCUGCCCCUGCUGCGCUACGCCGGCCUGGUGUCCCCCCGCCGCCACCACCCCUGCCUGCUGGACCCCACCUCCCGCCGGCAGCGGCCCCUGAUCCUGAUGGCGCUGGGCCUGGUGCUGGGGGCCUUCCUGCUGCCCGCCGCGCUGCUGCUCUUCAGCUACUGCCGCGUGCUGAGCGUGCUGGGACGGCGGCGCUGCCGCCGGCGCCGCCGCCGCGCGCUCACCGUCAUCUACUGGGUGCUGGCCGUGUUCCUGCUGUGCUUCGCGCCCUACCACGCCAACCUGCUGGUCUACACCCUGAGCCACGUGGGGCUGCUGCCCGCGUGCAGCCUGGCCCGGGCCAGCAUGGCGCUGCACCCCGUGGUGCUGUCGCUGGCCAGCGCCAACUGCUGCCUCAACCCGCUCGUCUACUACUUCUCCAGCGGCCCGGUGCACCGGGAGCCGGCCGGCGGCGGCAGCGGGGUCAGCCACUGAGGCGCUGGAGCGGUGCCCAGAGGCCCCGCGGUAGAGCGGCACGCUCAGGGGGGGGGGGACUGGGCA